AAUUCAGUUGCCGAUGGAACGCGACACUGUGCGGCAGGAAGUUGCGUAUACGACGCAUUGUCAUUCGGCCAGCGGCGCGAAUCGGAAGUCCUUUCUUAGCGCGCUCCUCGAUUUCGCUUUCCCUUUUUCGAGAACCCAACAAGGUGCUAAGUGCUUGUAAUUAGUCGAAAUUUAAUUAAUUGAAAAGAAUUUCAAAUUAAGUUACCUCGAGGCAAUGGAGGCUGGUAAGCCGAAAAGUGAAUUUUGGUGGCGAAGUGAUUCCCGCCGGAAAUUGUGCGUAAAAAUAAUACGGCCCCUGGCAGAAGCUAGUCAAGUUUAAAAGAGUUUUAAGAAAGUUUUUAACAACAGUGUCACAGAACAGAACGGAUUUUUUUUAAGGAUAACAUCAAAAGUUAUAAAUGAAUUUAAAUACAACCAAAGUUUCUUGAAUUCUUUUUAAUGAAGAUGUGUUUAAAAUUGAAUUAAAUAUAAUUGCACUUUAAAUAAUUUUAUUGAAACCCAUUUUAUUAAUUUACUAAGUCGGCUAAUAGUAAUAAAAUAACAACAAUGAAAAUAAAAUAAAAUAAACAUUACAUUUAAACAAAUGUUGUUGCUGACCCACUUACUCAAAUGUAAACUUUAUAUUUUUAAUCAAUUGAAGAUGAUUGUCAAUAAAAGUGCGGCAAUUUAUUUGCCUUUGAAAGCCUUAAUUAAAAUGCCUAACUGGGAUGAAAAUAAAUUGAAGACAUAUCAAUCUUAAAAUUACAUUUAAAAUCUGAAAAGUUUAUCCAGCUUCUCCGACUAAAAACCAUAAAAACGGACACAACUUUCAACACGAAAAGUGAAGAUUUGGAAUCCAAGUCAGGAGCGGAUUUCUCGACGGAUUCUUCGGCACCAUGAAACACACGUUCGUCACCAACGGACAUUGCCUCCUGCCUCGUUUAUCUUCUUGCAAGGCAGCAUUAGGGAAAUUGACGACAGCUUAAAACACUUUAAGGUGGCUUAAAGCCUCAACGUCAGCAUAGAGUACCUCCUGUCAAUCUCAAGGAUUCGUAGUGUUGCUGCCGUUGGCAGUUAAAACUCUCACUUGACGUGCACCAACGAGCGGCAAAAAAGGAGAAAGUCGAAAAUAGCUAUAGACAGAAUCCUCCAGCGCAAUGGACGUGGAACUCGAGGAGGAGGAGGAGCGAAUUUGCCUCAGGACAGCGGAGGAGGAGCAGUUGGCCAACAUGGAUGACGACAAGCUGGUUUCCGACGAGGUGCACAUGCGGCAGCUAAGUGCGACGCCCUCGUCGGCGUUUUCGCUGCAGCAGCGCCGGCAGAGCAACAGUGUGACCCACUCCGCGCCCCCCGAACUCACGCAGCGCGGCGACACGAAGGAGGAGGCGCCUACUGGAGUGGAGGUGGAUCCCGAUGAGCGGGUGGUCCUGCGGCGGGCGGCGGACAGGGGCGCCAUUGCCUUGGCCCAAAUCGACGACCUAAAACUGGAGGGGGAUGAUGAUGAUGACGAUGCGGAGGAUGAGGUUGAUGGUCUGGGCAUGGGUAUGGGUAUGGGUAUGGGUCUAAGUAAUCCCGCAGCGCAGACCACGGAUGAUGAGCAGAUUAUGGUCAAAGGAACAGCUACUACAGUGGCCACAUCCACAUCUACAUCCACAUCCACAUCCACAUCCACGGCAGCAACAGCAACAGCCGGCGCAUCUUGCGAGGAUGCAGCCACCACCAAUGCCACAACGAUAGCCACUCCGGACAUGUCGAAAAUACCCCGACUUCCCGGCGACGGUGCCCAAAUGGAGGACACUGGCGACCUGCCGCCAUCGCUGCGUGCCUCCACCACAUCAAUUUUGUCCAAUUUGCGCAAGAAACAGCAGGGCGGCCCUCUGCGCGGGGGCGUGGCCAAGCAGACGCCACUGCGGGUGCAGUCCGUCCGGAUUGUGGAGGCCAAGCGGGCCUACGGACCCAAGCGCCGCACGGAAAGCUGCAGCAUCUUUGGCAACAGCAAUUUCGAACACGAUCUGGAAUCGGGAAACUCCCUAGCCAGCAUUGCUGGUCAACCGCAGCGGCCGUUAAACAACGAGAUGUAUUCCGCCUUCAAAAGUGGCAACGUGGUCAAAGGCAUCCUAUGUCCCUCGUUGACCAACUCCUUUAAACAGAGUUCCCUGGAGCGGUCCUACCUGACCUACACGCAUCGCCAGCGCCAGAAGUCCCUAAUUAUUGUAAACGUGGUGGAUUUUGUGCUGAAGAUUGUCUUGGCUUUCGUCUGGAUAAUGCGAAGGAGUGAACUGGGUCCAUUUGAUAGCGAAGACGGAACGAGCAUGGCGACGGCCAUCACUUGGUCGGUUUGCUGUGGGAUUGCCAACAUGGCCAUCUGCUUUUUGGGCUACUGGCGCUGCUUUGCCAACAACUAUUUGCACUGGGCCGCGGUCUGCACAUGGGUGCUCUUCAACAUCCAGGGAUUCGUUGGUCAGGGCGUUGGAUUCGCCGAUCGCGAGUACCUGGUGUGGUACAUCCUCUUCGUCAUCUUUGUGCCGUAUGCGAUGCUGCCCCUGCCCCUCAAAUGGUGCGUUGUGGGCGGGACCAUUACGGCCAGCUGUCACCUGGCCGUGAUUACCAUCAUCAAACUGCAGCACGGCGAGGCCACCAUCAACGCCGAGUGCGUUCUGUUCCAGAUCUUUGCCAACUUCAUUCUGUAUACGGCCAUCAACGUGGCUGGUAUGUACACCAAGUAUCUCACGGAUCGUGGUCAACGGCUAGCCUUCAUCGAAACCCACAAGGCCAUGGAGCACAAGAAGGAGUCGGAGAAGGAGCUGCAACGCACCCAAAAACUUUUAGAUUCAAUUCUGCCCAACAUCGUGAACAAUCAAAUUCGCAGCGAAAUGUACAAGGGCACGGAUCCCACGGUGGAGACGCAAUUCAACAAAUUAUACGUUUAUCCCAUGGACAAUGUGAGCAUUUUGUUCGCCGACAUAAAGGGUUUCACCGAGUUGGCCAGCAAAACUUCGGCCCAGCAGCUGGUGAAAAUCUUAAAUGACCUGUUCGCUCGAUUCGAUCGCAUUGCAGAAGACAACCACUGUCUGCGUGUAAAGCUGCUGGGCGAUUGUUACUACUGUGUGUCGCAGUUCGAGAGCGACAACUGGAAGACGCGACCGGAUCACGCUGUGUGCAGCGUGGAAACUGGCCUGCACAUGAUAAAGGCCAUUAAGGAUGUGCGCCUGCACACGCACGUGGACCUCAAUAUGCGCAUCGGCAUCCACAGUGGUUCGGUGAUGUGCGGCGUACUGGGCAACAAGAAAUGGCAUUUCGACGUCUGGUCUAAUGAUGUUAUCAUUGCAAAUCACAUGGAAUCCGGCGGUAUUCCCGGAAGAGUUCACAUUUCGGAGGCGACGCUCAAGUGCCUGAACGAUGCCUACGAGGUGGAACCGGGAAAUGGCGGCAGUCGGGACAAUCACCUCAAAAUGCUGAACGUCAAGACCUUUCUCAUCAAGCGGACCGAGCCAUUGAGACCCAAACGUCGUUUUGGCACGCGCAGCAGCGCCCAUUUAGCGGGAAGUGUGGCCACCGCCCCCUCGGCCACGCCCACCGCUCUGCCCAAAUCCAUCUCGGCCAGCGGCAGCGGCAGCAUUGGCGGUGUGACCACGACGGGCGGCGAUGGAGCCAGCAUCGACGGACGGAGUCUGGAGUACGCGGCCACCAUCGCCGUGCCUGCCCAGCAGCCAGCGCAACUUCUUCAGCAGCAGCAGAAGAAGAAUAUAUCCCUGAACUCCCUUCCCAAUGUCGUCGAGGGCGUGGCCAUGGACAACAGAAAAAUGAGGAAUGGCUGCGGCGGAAUUGGAGGAGCAGGUGGUGCCGGUGGAACCGGGACAGGUCCCCCAGGGAUGUCCACUGUGUCCUCGCCGACGGCCAUGAUGUCCGCACCGCUGGAGGUGCAACUGCGGCCCAGGAACGGAGCCACCAGCGUCCAAAACCUGGCGGAAGCCAUCGACGCCAAGGGCCUGAUCAUGGAGGAUGAGUCAACCACCGACUGGAUACCCGAGAUUCCAUUCAAAAACCUUAACAGCCCUGAAGAAGGACUGAAUCGUGCGGACUCUAUUCUCGUCGAUACCAAAGAAGAUCACAGAGUGUCGGUGGCAGUUCUAGAUGAAGAGAUCGACGAGUUCAUCGAGCAAAACAUCCAAAUCAAUUCGAAUAAGGAAAUCCGACGCGAGUACUUAAAUCCCUGGACCCUGAAGUUCAAAGACAAGAGUCAGGAGCAGAAAUUCUGCCAGUUGCGAGAGGAUAUGUUCCGAUCUAAUAUGCUGUGUGUGUUUGUCAUCUGGAUAUUUAUGGUGCUGUGCCAGGUUAUCAUCAUUCCGCGAUGCACGCGCCUCAUUAUUUGUCUCUCGGUGGGCACCAUUGUCCUAACCUUCUGCUGCGUUUUGGUCAUGGCCGAGGAGUUCCCAGGACUGCCCCGCUGCCUCAAGACUAACUCGGCGAAACUGGUACAUCAACGACAGCGUCGCACUCUGUUCAUUUGCGGUGUCAUCGUGUCCAUGUGCAUGCUGAGUGCCAUCGGACUGGUCCUGUGCCCCUCGUCCACGUACAUAGGCACCGUGGACGAGCACUCCCGGUUCCUGCGGAUGACUUCGCUGUACAGCAACACCUCAUUGGAGAGGGAGAAGGAGUACAAGCUGAAUGUCUACCUGUCGGCCACCAUCCAUCAUAAUAUCACCAUAAGUACGCCGACGAGUGGGGCAGCUGCCUCCCUGGUGGACAUUACGAGUGGGCCCUCCGAUGAGCUGGUGCGGAGUACUCUGGUCAAUGCGCUCAGUAUGAACUUGACGCCUCCUCUGGAUCACUUUGAGCAAUCCCAUCGACCGUAUACACUGACCUCCAGCGGACACAGUGUGUCCUUGAGCAACCUAAGCUAUGGCGAUUCCGCGGGAGUGCGAAGUUCAACGGAUCUGGAGGGGGACUGUGCUCAUCCGGAGUAUCUGGUGUUCACCUGGGUGCUAUGCCUCGUCUCCCUGGCCACUGCCUUAAAGCUGUACUAUCUGGUCAAGGCUCUGAUGGCCCUGGGCAUGGUGGCCUUUUACACAGCGCUGAUCAUACUCAAGUUUAGCUCGGGUGAGAGCUUCAGUUUGGGUGAUCUUUCCAGACUGGGCAUGCCCUUGGGUGUCCAGAUGUUGAUACUGCUAAUCUCGUUCCUGGUGAUGGUCUGCUACCAUGCGCGGCUGGUGGAGGUAACCUCCCGUUUGGACUUCAUAUGGAAGGAACAGGCCGAGCGUGAACUGACCAACAUGAAAUCCAAUCGUGCGCUUAAUGACACAUUAAUUAAGAACAUCCUGCCGGACCACGUGGCCACCUACUACCUGUCCGACGAGCACACGGACGAGCUUUACUCCAAGAUGCACAACCUGUGCGGCGUAAUGUUCGCCUCUAUUCCAAACUUCCAGGACUUCUACUCCGAGGACAUCGACAAUGGCAAGGCCUGCAUUCGGAUCCUGAACGAGAUUAUCUGUGACUUUGAUGAAUUGCUGGAGGAGCCGCGUUUUGCGUCAGUGGAGAAAAUCAAAACCGUGGGUGCCACCUACAUGGCAGCGGCGGGCUUGAAUCACGAGCACCUGAGACUUCGCGGCGAGACCUCCGAGGACAGCGUGUGUGACCUGGUGGAGUUCGCCUUCGCCAUGAAGCAGAAGCUGGAGGAGAUCAAUGGGGAUGCCUUCAACAAUUUCCAGCUGCGCGUGGGCAUCUGCAGUGGUCCGUUGGUCAGUGGAGUGAUUGGAGCGAGGAAGCCCGUCUACGACAUCUGGGGCAAUACGGUGAAUGUUGCCUCGAGAAUGGAUUCCACGGGCGAGAACUGGCGUGUCCAGGUGCCGGAGAAUACGGCGGAGUUGCUCUGCUCUCGGGGUUACACUUGUGUGAAACGAGGUGAAAUCGCAGUGAAGGGCAAGGGCAUGAUGACCACCUUUUACGUUCAUCCCAAGGGCAUUACGGAGAGCCAACUGAUAUCGCCAGUUCGCUUGCCGGCUGGCAUUCCACUGGCCCAAACCCCCAACCUCCAGCGACAGACCUCCCAUCAUGGAUCCUUCAGCGCCGUGGUUUUCGGCAUGCUGCAGGCCAGCAAGCGCAGCACGGCCAUCGCAGGAACGCCCACGGGCACCCCCUCGCCGCAAAUCCGUCGGGGCCAUCGGGGAAGCACCUUCAGCUCGGUGCGGUUAUCCCAGAAGUCCACCACGGUCAAUCCAGUGCGCCGAAAUACAACCCGCGUACGGGGACGUUCCUAUCGCCAGAAAAAGAGUUCCUCCAACAAUUCGAUUGCCACCCAGGCCAGCUCCAGCUAUAUGCCAUCGUUUCGAAGGAUCGAUCAGAUCGAGACGACCAUAUCGAAGAGCCACAACGAUGCGUUAUAGCCGACUACACGCACUCGCUGGGUGUAAGUCGAUCUCAAGCAAAUAAAUUGUCUGAUGAAUUUAUUUUUGGAACGAUUUUAUGCAGUACGAUAUGCUUAACAAUGCAAAAAAUGCUGGCUUAACCUUAAGAUUGAAUAGUGGAGAUCGGCACUGAAGCUACUUAGUAGAAUUUUUAAAUCACAAUCCUUGAACUUGUAGAUCAAAUAUAUGUAAUUCUUGCGUUAUCUCAGCACAAUUCUAGUCGUUAAUCUUAAGAAUUAAUGUUUGUAUGUGCGUGUGUUGAAAUCUAUUCAGAGAAGGACAUUUUGAUCUUCCCACAGACCCUACCUAACGAAAUGCCAAUGAACCUACUAACUUUGUUCAAUUCUACCAAAAUAUUUACCAAUCGUAGGGUAAAUUUGUAGUAUUAGUAGUCAAUUUAAAAAGCCAUUAAUGAAAAAGAAAAUCAAAUAUUCGUUGUACAAAUCUUUUAUUCUUAAAAAAAACCGUAUGUGUAAAUAGACUAAGUGAAACAUAUUUUACGAAUAUCUAUAUGUAAAAAGACGGACGUGUGUUACUAAAAUGCGAAAUUGAUUAUGGAAAAUAAAUUAUAUUAUUAUAGCCAAAAAACUUUAAGCACAUAAAUUGUAGUUACAUAAACAUAUACAAAUAAAUGUGAUCAAUAAAACCGAUUAACAUUUA